GUACCCACGAGACAAAAGGGUAAAACUGAAAGGCACAAAAGAAAGAAAGUGACUCCUGCCAAUCAAGAGUCCAAAGCAAGAUCUAGAAGGUGUUAAAAUUUGAACGAUACGGUCUGACCCUUCUUCUUCUCGACCGCUGGUUGCGAAGAAUUAACCAAAAGGCUAGCCAUGGUCCUGGUCAUGCCGCCGCCAGCAGCGACAUAUAUGUUUGACUAUUUUUCUUUGCUAUUUUCAUAGCUUUGAAAAUUACAGAGAGACGAGUUUCGAGAAGAGGAAUAUCAUUCUCCUUCCCUCUCCGCGGGCAGAAGUAAUUAAAAUUGUUUUAUUUUUGGAAGAUAGGAGGGUGGCGUGCUGCUGAAUAGCGACACAAGCUCAGACAGCGGCAGCAGCUCAGACGGCAACGGUCAGGUUAGAAGUUUUGAACUCUUGCAGUGCCUGCCACUUGGAGAGGCGAGAUCGGCUUGGGGCCAGCCAAAUUUGUAGCAUAUUGUGUUUCUUGACGCCGACCAAAGUCCCCGCCCCUUCCAAGUGCCAACCAACGACCGCUGCCGCUCCAAGGUACUUGUUUUUUAGCUGCUGGGUUCCAUUUUUCGUUAUGCCUUUGAAGCUUAGGUUAGGAAUUCAGCUGAAUGAUUCUCUUCUUUGGAUCAAAAUAUGCUUGUUUUGAAGUUCUUUGCUUUCUGGACCUAGGAUUAGCCAGACCUUCUCAACCCACCUUCUAGGUUUAGCUCGAGGAAGCGCCUGCUGCUCUAAUUCUGUGUUUGUCCCGUUCAAACAUUUCCUCUCUAGAGAAGCAUAUCUUGAUUUCUGGUCUGGUAGCUGUCCAGAAUUUUAGGCUUUAUGCAGAAUAUUGUCCAUAAGUUUCGCCACCUGUCUUCAUUACAGAGUUUUUUGUCAAUCUCUGCUUGUUCAGAACAGAAUUGACUACUUGUACUUCUACUUGUACAUGGAUAUUCGGUUGUGCUAGCUUCAACCUGAAUUCAGUUCUACUGGAAACCAUUUAGCUAUUAUUUAUGUUCACUCUUGUGCUUGCUUUUGAUCCCUGAACCUAACAAGUGUUGCGGUUGCUAUUCGGAACAAUAGGUAUUUGGACAGCUGAUGCUGGUUUCUGAGCCAUCAUCCAAGUCUGAAUUCCCUGCAAAAAUGGCAUAGAAGAUGACGCAUUUCAGCUUUAUUUAGGAUUCUUAGGCAUCACCAAAGGGCAAGCAGGAUUCCAUCACAAUAGUCUAACCAGAAUCACCUCCUAAUCAAAGCUUCUCCACCUGAAAUGGUGUCCCACGAUGAUGGAGAAGACUUGUGUGGAUUCGAGCAACAACCAUCAACAAAUCUGGCAGACAAUAACUCCAGCAGUCCAAUUGCUGCUGGUCUCGACAUAUCAACUUCCAGAAAAAUACUUCUCAAAGGGGCCAGCACCUCUUCCACUUCCAGCACAGGAGAAGGCAAACUACGCAUAUCGAAAGUCGUCCCCAGCAGGCUACAAAUACUGAAACUCUCUUCACCUACCGGUUUAAGCUCUCCAUCGGCCAAAUUCAAGCAGAUCGUCGAGGGAAGAGACGAAAUGUCCCGUACUGUUCCUUCAUCAACCACUCAACGGUUCAGGGAACGCUUGCAGAGAACCCUCUCCAGAAAAAUCAACUGGGAGUCAAUGUGUGCCAUGUUCAAGACUUGGAUCAAGAGCCCACUCAACAUGGUACUCCUUCUAUGGAUAACAUGUGUUGCAGCUUCGGGAGCUUUACUCUUCCUGGUAAUGACCGGAAUGCUCAACCACGCCAUACCGAAGAAAUCGCAGCGAGACAUCUGGUUCGAGGUCAACAACCAGAUCCUCAACGCCUUGUUCACCCUCAUGUGCCUCUACCAGCACCCGAAACGUUUCUACCACCUCGUCCUCCUCUGCAGAUGGAAGCCACCAAAGGACAUAACCACGCUCCGAAACGCCUACUGCAAAAAUGGUACGUACAAGCCCAACGAAUGGGCUCACAUGUUGGUCGUUAUAUCCUUGCUCCAUCUCAAUUGCUUUGCCCAGUACGCUCUCUGUGGGCUCAACUUGGGAUAUAGAAGAUCCGCUAGGCCCGCCAUCGGCGUUGCUAUCUGCCUCUCAGUCGCUAUAGCUGCACCUGCUAUCGCCAGCGUCUACUGCAUCCUUAGCCCCCUCGGCAAGGAAUACGAGGACCCUGGAAUGGACGAUGAUGUGGAAUCUCAGAGUCGGCGAUUGUCGUCGGAGAAGAGAUUCUCGUUUGCAUUGAGAAGCGAGCUCGCCGAUUGUGCAGAGAAUGCCCCGAAUUGGAAGGGUGGGCUGUUUGACAUAUGGGAUGACAUUUCAGUAGCCUACCUAUCACUCUUCUGCACAUGUUGUGCAUUUGGGUGGAACAUGGAGAGGCUAGGGUUUGGCAACAUGUAUGUCCACAUCGCGACGUUUAUACUCUUCUGCUCGGCCCCAUUUUGGAUCUUCAACCUGGCUGCCGUGAACAUCGACAACGACACUGCGAGGAGUGCUAUGGGGUUGAUUGGGGUUGUGCUUUGCUUGUUCGGUUUGCUGUACGGUGGGUUUUGGAGGAUUCAGAUGAGGAAGAGGUUCAAUUUGCCCGCGGCAGAGCAGGACGUGUGCUGUGGGAAGCCAAAGGUUGCAGAUUGUGCGCAGUGGCUGUGCUGCUGCUGGUGCUCUCUGGCGCAAGAGGUCAGGACCGCUGAUUUCUAUGACGUGGUGGAGAACAAGUUUUACAGUAAACAGGGGAAUGAACUACCGGCGAUGUCGCCUCUGGGGCGUGAAGUUCUAAGGCCUCACCGCAACUACGGAUUCGGAACGCCUCAUCGUUGAUCAUCAGCAGUGAUGCUUCUGGCGCCCAGCAUAAGGAGCGCUUGUCAUGACAACACCAGCAGGUCAUAUGUGAUAGAACACUUUGUAUUACUGAUGUCUUGGGCACGUGUUUGUAUCCAUUUCGUGAGAUUCAAUUUUGGAAGGCAAACUGCUGAAAACACUUUUGGUAUUGGACCCUGACAAUUAAGGCACCAAGUAGUAUAUCAAUGAAUGAGUAUUUGGUCAUUAUUAUAUAUAUGGAAUAACUUUAGUUUUUCAAAUGAUUAUAUUUCUAGGAUUUUUUGGUUGGUGAAGUAUGUAAAUUCUUAUGCUUGUGGAGUUCUUCCCAUGCUUAAUUUUGUGUUGACGGACAACCAUGGUUUAGCUUUGUGAUUUGUUCUGAAAUUUGUUUUUUGUGGUCUGCAGAUACAUGGCACUUUUCUGGGUUGACAGAUAACUAUGAUGAUUUAGCUUUGGGAAAAGUUGAAUAGUUUUGUGCUUAUGAAACAUAUAUAAGAUGUUUCAACGGUAUAAAACAGCUCUGUAGGGUACUGAACUAGUUGACUUGAUGUCCAUGGAACUUGUAGCCGGUGUAGGCUGGCUGACUCUGUGAGUCUGUGUUAUAUGCAAUUUAGAUACACUAAAUUUUAACCGUGCUCCAUUGAUUCUAGUUACAAUUUAAGAUAGACAUCCACCAAAAUUCACCCAACCAGCCAUAAAACAUAAACACACUGACCAGCCAAAACUGUAAGCCAUACCUGGUGUGGUUUUGCCAAUGAAGAAUGAGCAAUACGUCUCAAUACACUAACAAUUAUUACGUUGACAAACUCGCUAUUUCUCAAUUUUCAAGAUCGGUCUCAUGUGUCCCUCCUUGCAAGAUUUCCCCAUCGAUUUUCAAACUCGCCAUCUAUGGUCAAUUUUGAAUCCUCCUCCUUAGUCACAUACACGGGCCUCAUUAUGUAGAGCAGACAAUCACCAAGUCAAAGGUAGAAGAAAGGAGCGGAUACAAGGAAUCAUAUGGCCAUAGAGCUGAAUUGAGAGACAACGACAACAUAAACUAAAGAGAUAAAUACAAACCAAGCUAAUCGUUAUCAAUUACUAUUUCAUGGAGAUAAAUCCUUCCCUACCACCCACUCAAUUAUUAGUAAUGAAGGCCAGAGCAAACACCGUAGAGCAGUAGCGAAGGAUAAAUGCAAAAACUAAAUUACAUCAACGGAGAAGCAGCCACGAGACCUUCUCGAAAAAAAAAAAGAUACGCUGGAACUGAACCAAGGGGGAGGAGGAGGUGUUGUCCAUGCGGAAUGUCAGUCUUCAAAUAAAAAGCGGCAGAGCUCUGGAACAACAGGGCGCGCGCGAUUGGAGGAAGAACAAUUAUGGACUGCAUGGGAGACACAUGGUAACAACGGCGGAGUCGUUCUUCAAUUCCAAUCACUCAAUUUUAACUCCUCGUUUCGGUGCUUUAGAGAGGAAUGACAGAGUGAGGGCGCGAUGGAGACGGAGCAAAUAAGAUGUCGUCGUCGGAAAACAGUCUGGCUGGCGAAAGAGGAUGAAGAAAAAAGAUACCCUGGUCAGUUGGGUGGUUGCAAGGCUUAGUUGGUUGAUAGGCUACUGGUUUGAGCGAAACCCAAUUCCGCCACAUGGUCAGCCACGUGGACUAAUCAUAAACAGCGGUGCCCUAC